AUGUUCGUAGUUAAUAUGGAAGCCAAGGUGGAGGAACGCUUCCUAAUGAUACAUCUUUUGAUGUUUGCAAAAUUGAGAAGAAAAACUCUACUCAAUAGAUUGUUGGAAGAGGGGCGUUUGUCAGAAGUUGGGAUCAUAGUAAUUGAUGAAGUUCACAUGGUUGGAGAUCAGCAAAGGGGGUAUCUGUUGGAACUCAUGUUGACAAAGCUUAGGUAUGGAGCUGGUGAAGGCAGGUUGGAGUUUUCAAAAGGAGAAUGUUCAGGGUCAAACAGUGGGAAAAGUGACCCCACUCAUGGUCUUCAAAUUGUUGGAAUGAGUGCCACUUCACCUAAUGUCAAUGCAGUUGCUAAUUGGCUUCAAGCAGCUUUGUAUCAGACAAAUUUACGACCUGUUGUGGCAGCUGGAUACACCUCAGAAGAGUUAUACACUGAAACAAGUGGCUUGGUGGUUCCAUUGUUAAUGAAAGCUAUUUGA